AAGAAAUUCAGUUUGACUCUUCUGCUAGAAUUUAUCAUGGUUGGUGUAAUUUUAUGUCGAAGGCAUUGUGGAUUUCCAUCAAAAUUCAAGCGACCAGGAGUCUCUCCCGUUCGUAAGUAUCCUUUGGAAUUUACCACUGCUGGCUGCCCUGUUUUAAGAAAGUAUCCUCCUCCAAAAAUUCGGAAAGGGCUUCUUGUCAUACGGAAUUUCCUGUCAAGCCGAAUGCUCUGGCUGCGUUGAGAAACCAAACGCCUUCUGAUUCUGAUCCUCCAAAACUUCAGAAAGGGCGUCUUGUCCUACGGAAUUUUCCUGUCAAGCCGAAUGCUCCUGCUGUGUUGAGAAACCAAAUGCCUUUUGAUUCCGAGGACCGUCAUUCAGCUUAUGGGAUCCCUAUGGCAGAUUGCGAGCAAUUGGAUGCUUCUAAUGCAACUAAUGUUCAUGCAUGCAGGGAUACUAAACAGUACGACUUCUCAUUAGUUAGGAACUCCAAGCCAUUGUAUGUUCCUAAUUCAACUAAUGUUCGUGAUAUUCAUGCGUGCAUAGAACCUAAACAAGGUCAUGUGUCAAUGGUUGAUAAAGAUUGCAAACCAAUGGAUGUUUCCAUUGCAACUAAUGUUUUUGCAUGCAGUGAUGUUAAAGAAUCCAGCCCAUCAAUGGUGGUUGCGGAUGAGCAAUACGGGGUGGAUAACUAUCAAGGAGUUUUAAAGGAUGAUGAGGGAGAUGAAGUCCCAUCUAGUGCUAAACAAGCGAGUUUAUCAAAGGUUGUUUGGAAUGAGCAAUGUCUGAAUGUUGACUUUAGUGAUGAGGAGUGCGAGGAAGACUUAAUGGAGGCAUAUAAUUCCCAAGUAAUUGUUAGCGAGGACUUGGCGGUCACUGACAACAAGGAGUUGAGAAUUGCUUCGGAGAAGGUUAAGGAGGUUAUACAUCUUUUUAGAGAGAUUUACCUUAAGCUCUCACAAGAAAGUGAUGGAAAACAAAAACAAAUUCUUCCUCUACUAGCAGCUUCGCAUCUUCUAAAGCAGCAAAAGUGGAUCAACAUGCAUAAGCGGUUAGGUCCUAUACCAGGAGUUAAAGUAGGUGACUAUUUUUCUUGGAGGGCUGAAUUGAAUAUAAUUGGCCUCCACCGUCAACAUAUGUGUGGCAUAGAUUAUAUGGAGUUGGAUGGGAGAAUACUAGCUACAAGCAUUGUGGACUCUGGUCGAUACGACAAUGUUGUGGAGUCAAAUGAUGAACAAGAAUUUCCAAAUGUCCUAAUUUAUUCAGGGCAAGGAGAAAAUCUGAAGUUUCGAAGUAGGAAACUUGUAAAUGACCAAAAACUUGAAGGAGGAAACCUUGCAUUGAAGAAUAGUGCGGAAACAAAAACCCCGAUAAGGGUUAUUCGUAAGUUUUGCUUUAAAGGUGCUAGUAGUAAGAUUGUUGACUGUAAGUAUGUUUAUGAUGGGUUGUACUUUGUGGAUGGUUAUCGAGAAGAAAAAGCAUCAUCACGUAAGCUUGUUUUUAAGUUUGUUCUAAAGAGAUUUCCAGGGCAACCAAAACUUUGGGCAAAAAUUGGUUCGGAAAGAACAUGUUUGUAUGAAUGAUAUUUCUUAAGGUGCAGAGGGGAUACCCAUUCGUGCAAUGAAUGCGUUGGAUGAUGAGAAGCCCCCACUUUUUAACUAUGUCACCAAUGUAACAUAUCCCAUAUCCUACCAUCCUUCCAUGUCGAGUGGUGGUUGUGAUUGGAGUGAUGGAUGCUUUGAUUCUGAGGAUUGCCCUUGCGUUGUAAAAAAUGAUAGAGAAAUUCCAUGCAAUUAUGAAGAUUGCAUUAUGAUGGAGAAGCCUUUUAUCAUCGAUUGUGGACUUUCUUGUAAGUGCUUCACUUCUUGCAUUAAUAGAGUAAGUCAACGGGGAAUUCGUUUUUCUUUAGAAGUUUUUAAGACUAAAACAAAAGGAUGGGGUGUUAGAUCAUGAUCUUUUAUCCCAUGUGGAAGUUUUAUUUGUGAGUAUAUAGGUGAAAUCCUUCCUGAUAAGGAAGUUGAACAAAGGAUAGGUAAGGAUGAGUAUUUGUUGAUAUAAGAAAUAACUAUGGUGCCUUAUCACACUCAUAUGAGGUAAAUGAAUGUUUCACGAUUGAUGCUGCUCAGUUUAGGAAUGUGGAACGAUUUAUUAAUCAUAGUUGCUCUCUUAAUCUUUUUGCUCAAAAUGUAUUCUUUGAUCACAAUAGUAGCAGUUUGCCCCAUAAUAUGUUGUUUGCUAUGGAAGACAUAUCUCCUUUAAAGGAGUUAACCUAUGAUUAUGAUUAUAGGAUAGAUGGAGUUUGUGAUGUAAAUGGUGAUAUCUA